AUGUGGUCGUAUGUUUAUACUAGCAACAUCCUCUUUCAAGAAUUCUGUGUCCUCUUCGUUUGUCAGACUCCGAUACUGAAUCAGCUAGAUUACAAAGGCUAUUUAUGUCUUCUAAAAUUGCAUAGAGUAGGACGAACAACUAAGUUGGGAUGGCAAGGAAAUGCUAUUGUGUUUUUGUUACCAAAGGAGGAAGCAUAUGUUGAGUUCCUUCGAGUAAGGAGGGUUCCACUUGAAGAUAGAAAAAGCCCAGAUGAAGUUUGUGAUAUUGUCCCACAGAUAAGGUCAGCUGCAAAAAAGGAUCGUGAUGUCAUGGAAAAAGGGCUUAGAGCUUUUGUUUCCUACAUCCGUGCAUACAAAGAGCAUCACUGCUCCAAUAUAUUCAGGCUAGUGAAUUUUAUGGUAUACGCUCCAUAUGAAUCUUGUUUUUUCUUGGAAGACUCAUUGUUCCUUUCUGCAAGUGGAAAGAACUUGAGAUUGGGAAAUUGGGCAUGGGUUAUGGCUUUAUUGCAGCUCCCUGCAAUGCAUAACCUAGAGCAUCACAAUCUUUCUACUGAGGGUUUUACACCACUUGAAGAUAUAUGCCUUGAUGAGAUCAAGUACAAAUUCAAUGACCUCAUUAAGGAUCUAGAAGUUCUGAAGAAAGAAUACUCUCAAGGUAAGAAAAAUAGAAAAAUCUUGAAUGCCUUGACCAAAGAUUGGGAAAGUAAGGUGACUGCCAUUGAGGAGGUUAAAGAUCUGAAUUCUAUACCUAUUGAAUCUCUUAUUAAUUCUCUAACCUUUUAUGUGUUGAAACUUAAAACCAAUGUACAAGAGGAAGAGGAUGCAAAGGUUGUUUUCAAUCCUUACAAUUUGGGCCUCAAUGGUUCUAUGGGCUUGACGAGACUGAGGGAUCCACCAAAUUCUUCACCACCAACACUGGCAACAGGCUAUUUUGGUGUUGGACCACCUCGCUUCAUUUUCACUUAA